AAUACGGUGCACCGUAUAGCACCUCAUCAAUGCUUCUUCAAGAACUGAGUUCCAGAGUCUAACCCUAGCGUCACCACUGAGAAGUGAAGAACCUUUCUCUCUCCUCUGCCAUCUCUCUCUAUAUUCACCACCGCCACCCAGUAUCGCUCAAGCCGCCGACUUAUUUGAACGCCGGUACCGCCGCCGGUACUCUUCUCUCGUGUUCUUAUUGUUAGUAUCUUUUUAUCAACAAUGGGUGAUGAAAAUCAGCCUUCUAAGAAAAGAGCUGCUGGUAGAGAAUUAUCUCGAGACAAUCCCGGUCUUGAUGAUGAGGAAGAAAAUGAAGAACCUGCCGGAACUUUCAAGAAAGCAGCUGAUGAUGUAUUGGCCACAAGAAGAAUAGUGAAAGUUCGCCGUCAGCAAACUUCUACAGCACCCUCCUCCACUCCUUCGUCGAAUCCUUUUGCCGGAAUCCGAUUGGUCCCACCUGCGCUUGCUCCUGCAGUAGCACAAGCUGCUGAAGACAAAACAGGUAGCGAAGAUGGAGAUACCAAAGAUGAUGCUAACUCGGGGAGUGAAGUGAAAAAACUAGAACCGGAACAGAAACCUACAACAGAAUCUAAUGCAGAUGAUAAAGAGAAAGAAGCAGAAACAGCUGAAAAAGCUGUUGACCCCAAGCCAAGUGAUGAGGCAGAAGCUGAUGGCAGUACUGAAAAAACAGCUGAAUCUGGUGAAAUACAAGCUGAUGGCAGUGCUGAAAAAACAGCUGAGUCUGGUGAAAUACAAGCUGAUUGUAGCAAGGGUGAAAAUGAUGACAAAAAUGGAAAUGAAACACCUGAUGCAACAACUGGUACUCCUUUGAGUUCAUUCCAGCAACUUUCUAACAGCCAAAACGCGUUCACUGGACUUAGUGGCACGGGAUUUUCAACCUCUUCUUUCUCUUUCGGAUCACUUCAAAAAGACGGGUCUUCUUCACAGUCAUCUCUUCCUACCUUCAGUUUCGGCACCCCGACUAACGGAAGCACCCCUCUUUUCGGUUCACUGUUGACAGGGACAUCCAUUGGGACCAAGACUGAGGGGCCCACAUUCCGUUCUAUGCAGGAGGUACCAACAGAAACAGGGGAAGAGAACGAAGAGACGGUUUUCUCUGCCGAUUCUGCCCUUUUCGAGUUUUUUGAAGGUGGAUGGAAAGAACGCGGUAAAGGAGAGGUGAAGUUGAACAUUCUAAAGGGAGAAACUCAGAAAGCUCGGUUGGUGAUGCGGGCCAAAGGGAAUUUGAGAUUGAUUCUGAAUGCGAGUUUAUUCCCUGAUAUGAAGCUCACAAAGAUGGACAAAAAAGGCAUCACUUUCGCUUGUAUGAAUAUCGCUACUGAAGGUAAAGAUGGUCUAUCAACAUUUGCUCUGAAGUUCAAAGAUGGAUCGAUUAUGGAAGAAUUUUAUUUGGCAGCUUCAACUCACAAGGAUAAACCUGCUACUACUACUUCUACUGAUUUACAGACUCCAGAAAACUCUCCAAAAACCUCAGAAGUUUGAGACUUAUCUCUGCAUAUUUCUGCUGGUGUUGUUGCAUGAAAAGGUUAUUCAGGAAUUUUGUACGUCAAAGCCUUUUUCUGAGAUGAAAAGUGAUAAAGAAGACAUUUACCGUGUCGUUUGGUUGUGCAUUUGCACUGUAACAUUGUCAUUGAUGAGGUAUUUGUCAACUUAGUUACUACUUGUAAUCCGGGAUGUUGAAUAAUAUGUUAGAAUGUUUGUUACUAAAUUUGGAUCUUGGAUAUAUAGACCUGGGUUGUUGCGAACGCAAUGUGAAUCACUUGCAGUUUUUAGUUUUUA